AUGAAACUCAACGAACAUACAGCCCUUCAAACCCCACGUCUCCUCCUAGUCCCCUACUCCCCUCACCACGUGCCCACCUAUCACUCUUGGAUGCAAGAUGAGGACCUACAAACCCUCACAGCAUCCACGCCCCUCACGCUGUCUGAAGAAUACGCCAUGUGCACAUCCUGGCGCACCGACGUUGAUAAACUGACUUUUAUAAUUUGUUUGCGAGCGCCAACAUCUGCACCAACGUCCUUUGUACCAGCGCCUCUCCAGGAAGAUCUUGUUGUUGUUGUUCCAGAAGAAGAUGAUGCGCCAGAGAAAAUGAUUGGUGACGUGAAUUUAUUCUUGUAUCCGUUCGAAGAUGAGGAAGAUCAGGAAGAGCAAGGCAAAAGCCGAGACGACAUAAUCGGCGAACUAGAAAUCAUGAUAGCACCGCCCUUCGCGCGAGGAAAAGGAUAUGCGAAAGAAGCCCUGGAAGCAUUCACACGCUAUAUCAACGAUACAACAACCGCUUUGCUGGAAGAAUACGGCGGCAUCGACGAGGGGAAGAGGCGGUUGAGGUAUCUUCGAGUCAAGAUAAAUAAAGACAAUGUGAAGAGUCUGGGAUUGUUUGAGAAGAUGGGAUUUAACCGCUUAGCUGGGGGGCCGAAUUAUUUUGGGGAGGUGGAGAUGAGGAUGGGGUUUGUACAGAAGAAUGAUUCCAAGGAGAAGGAUGAGGGUAGGUUCAAGCAAGUACUGUAUGGAAUGCAGUCACAAUCAUAG